UUGUACGAGUGAGUAUUGGGGCAACUCAACGGUGGUGGCUUUACUUGUACACAACCUCUCCUUCCCUCUCGAUCCGAUUCAUCCCCGAAUCUUUGUCGUAAUUCGUGGAUGCGAAGACUAUCUCGAUCCUGCGAAGGUUAUGGAUCGGUCACGCUUUCUGGCGUUGUUGAUUUUGAUGUUCGUUUUACCUUCUUGUCGAGGAAGAGAAUUUAGGAUUGGUCAACAUGACAACAGCGAUGUAUAUAACCAUACUCUUGCCACAAUACUUGUUGAAUAUGCUUCUGCUGUGCAAUUGUCAGAUUCAAAUGCAUUAAUUACAUGGACUUGCUCCAGAUGUAAAGAUUUGACUGAGGGUUUUCAGGUUAUAGAACUGAUUGUUGAUAUUCAGAAUUGUCUGCAGUCAUUUGUUGGUAUUGAUCACGGUCUCAAUGCUAUUAUAAUUGCAUUCAGAGGAACUCAAAAGCUCAGCAUUCGCAACUGGAUUGAAGACCUCCUGUGGAAACAGCUAGAUCUUAAUUAUCCAGACAUGCCUGAUGCUAUGGUGCACCAUGGUUUUUAUGCUGCUUACCAUAACACAACCCUUCGUCCUGGCAUUGUUAGCGCAGUUCAAAGGGCUAAGGAAUUAUAUGGAGAUAUUCCUGUCAUCGCUACUGGGCAUUCAAUGGGAGGGGCUAUUGCUUCAUUCUGUGCACUUGAUCUGGCUAUUAAUUUUGGAAUACACAAUGUUCAACUUAUGACAUUUGGACAACCUCGGGUUGGCAAUGCUGCUUUUGCUUCAUAUUUCAGCAAACAUGUAUACCACACAAUUCGCGUUACCAAUGGGCAUGAUAUUGUGCCACAUUUACCUCCAUUCUAUUCUUACUUUCCCCAUAAGACAUACCAUCACUUUCCAAGAGAGGUAUGGAUCCAUAACAGCAGAGUGAGUGGUACUUUUGUUUCUAUGGUUGAGAAGAUUUGUGAUGAAUCUGGCGAAGAUCCUUCCUGCAGCAGGUCUGUAACUGGGAACAGCAUCACGGAUCACCUCAGGUACAUGGGGGUCGACAUGCGGGCAGACAGUUCAGACUCCUGUGGAAUUGUGUUCUACAAGGAUGAAAAGUUACAUUGCUAUGAAGAUCUUGCAGGAAACUUUGUCGUAUCAAAGCGACCAAUAAUAUCAUCAGUUGUGCAAACAACUACAGAUGUAGAUGUGUCUGCUGACAUUGAGGAGGAGCAUUGCAGCAGAUGAUAGAAAACUAUAAACCUAUGAGAACAAAUGCUUGUAAAAAGUUAUUAUUCAAUUUCAGCGACAUUUGUAUCUAUGCAUGUUCUACUCUAGGCUUCAAAGAGAACCUAGAAAAGAAAAGAAAAUUCAUCUUGAGAAUUGGUGAGAUCUUGCAGUUGAUACUUUUCAGAUGAUAUAUAUCACUGUUGUUGUCUUUA